AUGAGAGCCCUGCACUCGUUCCCGGUCGGUGCCUUCCUGACCCUGCUGCUCUGCCUCCCCAGCCCCGGUCACGGAGAGUCCUACUUUGGGGCCAGCCACUGCAGUUUACAAGUCAUCCAAGAUGUCUCCACUUUCCAACUGUCACUACAUAUUAAGACAAGUCGGAGGAGUGGGCUUCUGCUCUUGGCUGCAGGGAUGGAGGACUACCUAUUUGUUGAGCUACAAAACGGGAAAAUACAGGCACGGAUGAACUCGGGCUCUGGUGAGGUGACACUGUCCUCAUCCCAAGGAGUACAGCUGAACAACCUCCUGGACCACAAAAUCGCACUGACCCUGCAAGAUGGCAAACUCACCAUGAUAAUUGAUGAGCUCUAUCCAACAUAUGUUCCUGUGGACGACGAUGGGGAACUGCUAAAUAUUGACAUAGGCAUUUGGCUUGGAGGCACAGGUGACCUGGAUGCUCCCUACCUCAGUAAUGCCAUUCCUCCUUUCCGGGGAUGCAUGACUGAGGUUAAAUUUGAGUCUCAUCAGUUUGAUAUUCUCAGCACAGCCUUUAAACAAUGCCACGACACAAAGGAGUCCUGCAGCAGUGAGUUUGAGGCUGGUGAUGGCGAGGCAACAAGUUUCAGCACUCCUGAUUCCUUUGUUUCUUUCCCCACCUGGAGCGGGGCUACUGGCGCUCCAAGGGUCUUGGAGUUCUUAAUGAAAACCACCAUUGAGGAUGCAUUACUUGUUUUCCACCCUGGCAGAGACUCAGACUUCAUUGCUAUUGCUGUGAUGAAAGGUUAUCUCAAAGGUGUCCUGGACCUCGGCAGUGGCAUGAAGGUACUGGAGAAUACCGAGGUGCAGCUGGAUGAUGACCAGUGGCACAGAGUUAAGGUUCAGAUCAGUCCGGAUUCUUUUGUUAUUAAUGUAGAUAGCCAGUCUUCCUCCCUCCCACUUGACUCAUCAGAACAACUGGACUUAGCAGGAAACCUGUAUUUAGGAGGAAUCCAGGGGAAAAUGAAGGAAGUCUUUCGUGAAAGUGGGUCCUUGAAUAGGGCAGAAGAGGAAAUGACAGUUGAGUCCUUUAUUGGUUGUUUGGGCGAAAUCAAAGUAAAUCAGAAGGACCGAAGCUUACAAGAUGCUUUGGUGACGAAAGAUGUUCACGUUAAAUGUGAAGGAGACGACUAUGACUACUCAAGCUAUUAUGAUGCAGACGCAACUACAACUCCCCCUGUCCGCAUCCGAUAUGUCGACAUGGACGAAAAUGAACAACACUGCUACCCAACUGAUGAAAUGCCAGAGAUAUUCAGAAAUGUAACCAAACUUCUUGAUGUCACACCAUUGCUUGUUCCUGAAGGUGGAGAAGUUUUUCUUGAUAUCAACAACCUAAGCCCUACAUUUGACCUCAGUGCUGCAGGGAUGCGUCAGUCAGACAUUAUCUUUACCCUCAAAAAUGAUCCAUGGUACGGCCUGGUUGAUAUGGACCUCAACACAAAACACACACAAAAGUUCACUCUACUGGAUGUUGUUAAUAAGAAAAUGAAGUACAUGCAUGAUGGAAAUGAUAGGCACGCAGAUCAAAUCCAAAUAGAGGUGGUUACUCACAGUGAUGGUUAUCUUCCAGAAUGUCUAAAAACUCCCCGUGAUUAUGUCCUCCCAGUUGAGAUACUUCCUGUCAAUGAUAUACCACAACUUAGUGGAGGAGAAAUCACCAUCACUGAAAAUGGCAGGACUCGUCUGAGCCCUAGCCUUAUCAAAAUUGUGGAUUCUGACACCCGGUGUGACGACUUAGUCGUAACUGUAACCUCAGAGCCGUCCAUGGAAGUCGGUUACCUUGAAAAUGGUCAAAGGCCAGGAAGAAGCAUUUCUGAAUUCACAUGCAGAGAAUUGAAAGAUGGACAUAUUUAUUUUGUACAUAGAGGUGGUAGUUCUGCUGGAAUAACAUUGGAAGUAUCUGAUGGACAGUCAGUAAGCCAGUCAACUACUUUAAAGUUGUCUGUAACACAGCCACAUAUGACAAUUGUCACCAACACUGGCCUUCUCUUGACUCAAGGAAGCAACUCGUCCAUCGGUAUCGAAACUCUGGCUGUUAUCGCUCAUCCACGUAACGGAGAUAUCAUGUAUAACAUUACACAGCCUCUGCUAUUUGGAGAACUACACAUUAUGACAAGUGAUGGACUGUACAAGCAGGUUACAGCUUUCCAUCAGUCUGAUCUGGAUCAAAACCGCAUAAGGUACAUCAGCACAGACUCAAGUGACCAGGAGGAUAUUGUUGUGGAGCGAAUUCAGUUCGACACCCACUUGGGGCAGUUCUCCCUCUGGAACAACACCUUCUUAGUAAAGAUCAUGCCUGCGCAAGUUAGAGUUACUCUCCUAAUUCCCUUGGAAAUGGAGGCUGGUGAGGAGCAAACAAUUGGCCUCACAGAGCUUCAGGCUGAAGUGAAAGAGAAAAACCCAGAUCCACAAACUGUAAAAUACAUCCUUGUCAAGCCCCCAACACUAGGAAGUCUCCUGAUGUCAGAUAGAGAGAUAGCUGAGGGUGAUAUGUUCACCCAGAAGGACAUUAUGGACAAUACUAUUAGCUACAGGGUCCGAGUGCAAAGAGCUGCAGAUAGUAUGGACCAAUUUCAGUUUAGAGUUUUGUUUGAGGACCAAUACUCUCCUCUGUACACCUUCCCAAUUAACAUUCUUGCCAAUGCAGAUGCCCCUGUUCUGACCAAUGAGAUGCUAGUUGUCUUGCAGGGUACUGAGGAAACUCUGAACAAAAACUAUCUUUGGAUGCAGUCACAGACUUCAACGGAUUUUGUUUACCGCGUCUUACAAGGGCCAAAGAAUGGACGACUGAUAAGGGACUCCCCUGAAGACCAGCCUAGAUUUGAGGGGGCAAUUAGAGUUUUCAGUAAUGAAGACCUAAAACUUGACAGGCUUAUUUACAAGCACGAUGGCUCCAGGACAAGCAGUGAUGAGUUCCAUUUCUCAGCGUUUGAUCAAGGAGCAGAAGAUUCUGAAAAUCAGGAGGCAGUGACUGGUGUCUUCAGAAUAUCAAUUCAGACCAAGAACGAGCAUGUUCCUGUGAGGGUCGUGGAUAAAGUCUUCAACGUGGUCCGCUAUGGUCAGCAUCUGCUAACAACAGAAGUGAUCCAGUUCAAGGACGAUGACUCAGGUUUCAAUGACACCCAAAUUGUCUACGCUCGUGAGGGAAUCCUCUCAGGCAAUAUUGUUUCAGCGUCCAACCCAUCACAGCCUCUUUUCCGUUUCACACAAGCUGACCUGCGAGACAAAAAGAUUCUUUUCAUUCACCGUGGAGCCGAUCGGGAACGCUUCUCACUCCAGGUGUCAGACGGCUACCACAAGACCACUGCGCUCCUAGAGAUCGAGGCUGGUGAGGCCUACCUACGAGUUGUGAACAAUGCAAUCAUAGUCAUUGACCAUGGAAGCACCAAGACCCUUAACACCUCACUGCUGAGCGCUGACACCAACGUGGACAUCAGAGAUGACAACGAGAUCAAGUUCCAGAUUACUUCCCCACCAAGUGAUGGCAAGAUUAUUGUGAGUGGGAUUGAGGCUUCUACGUUCUCCCAAGAGGACCUCAAAAAAGGAGUUGUGUCAUAUGAGCAUAAUUAUGAGAGUCUGAGGUCCAAGGACUCUUUCAGCUUUAGGGUCCAAGCCCAUGGUCACUCUGAAGACGGCACCUUCAGGAUUAAAAUAUUCAAGCAAGGUUACCGCUCUGAGCCUGAGGUGAUAACUAAUGAGGUCAUCAUUUCCUAUGAGGGAGAGCACACCAUCAUCAACCCGGAUCAUCUCAAGGUGGAGCAAGCAGAUAUUCUCCCAACAGAAAUGGUGUUCACUAUUAAAGAACUUCCACGGUUCGGUCAUGUGGUCAAGCUGACCAACAGUUCAGACAGCGCGGCCUCGCCUGUCCUCAACUACAUCCACAGUUUCAGUCAAGAGGACAUUGAUCAGGGACGCAUUCUCUAUGUGUCUGCAUCCAUUCAGGGCAAUGACGCCUUCACAGUGGACGUCAGCAACGGUUUUACCACAGUGGAGGACCUACAGAUCUCUGUGAACAUCGUCCCCCGGCUCAUCCCCAUCCAGACCUUCAACUUCACUGUGAAGGAAGGCCUCAGCAGAGUCAUUAAUGCAGAGAUCAUAAACAUCUCUCAUCCCUUCUACAGCUCAGAAAACAUAGAUUUUGUGGUGGAAGACCCGCCACAGCACGGGGACAUCCGCUACCUUGAUGGAGACGAAUUAUCUUACUUCACAUGGGAAGAGGUGAAACUCGGACACAUCUACUACAUGCAUGACAGCACCGAGAGCACGGAGGACAGUUUUACACUCUCUGCCUCCAUUUAUGAGAUUGAGCGCCGCAGCCUCCCUGUCACCAUCUCAGUGACUGUCAUCCCAGUCAACGACGAGCCGCCAAAGCUGACGCGGAACACAGGCCUGGAGGUUCUUGCUGGGGAGGAAGCUGACAUCACCUCCAGCAUGCUGAACACCGAGGACGCCGACACCCCUGCCGAGAAACUGGUUUACCACGUCGAGAUGCCAACCAAUGGGAUGGUGGCGCUGAAAGAGGCGCCCGAGGAGGGCAUUCUGAAUUUCACUCAAGCAAGCAUAAACAAAGGGGAGAUCAUUUUCACUCAUGAAGGUGAGGAGUCUGGUGGUUUCGGUUUCACCGUGACAGACGGCGAGCACACUUCUCCUCUCUAUCAAUUUGUCAUCACAGCCAGGCCUCUCACCAUCACCAUGGUAACGCAAGAGGAGCUCAUGGUGUUCCCAGGAACAAGGCAGCCCAUCACAAGCGCCAAUCUGGGUGCCGUGACCAAUGAGGAUGGAAACGAGAUCAGCUACUCUCUUAUCCGCCCACCUCGUUUGGGACGACUCAUCCUGGCUAACGACAGGAACCAGUAUGAAAAAAUUACCCGCUUCUCACAAACUCAGCUGGAGUCCGGAGCAGUCUUCUACGAGCACCAGAUACCCGAGGAGGCUUUUUGGGUGGUGAGGGACUCCGUAGAGCUCACCCUGUCGUCCCAACCAGCUCCAGAUGUCCGACACAUCCUGCCCAUCACCGUCUCCUACUACGCUGCUCACAGCAACAUCUCAUCACAGCUGUGGAAGAACGAAGGUCUGGAAAUUGUGCAGGGCCAGACGAAAACCAUUGAUGAUUCCAUUCUUGACUCCUCUAACCUUCUGGCAAGCGUACGUGAGGCUAAUCAAGAUGAUGUGGAUGUGGUUUAUGAGAUUAAGCGUUUUCCUGACCACGGUCGAAUCACCCUGGGCAGUCAAGACCUGCCCCGUAACGCCCCCUCCUUCAUGCAGGAAGACGUGAAUCAAGGAAAGCUGGAGUAUCUGCAUGAUGACUCAGGAGCCUCCUCUGACAGCUUCUCUUUCAGGGCCCGUCUAAAGUCUAAGGGUCAAGGUGUGGCCUCGCCUGCAGAGUCCGUGGUCCUGGAGGAGAUAUUUAUCAUCUCAAUCAAACGGCGAGGCUCUGACCCUCCCGAACUAGUUACGACAGACAUGCUCUUGGAGGUCCUUCAAGGCUCCAUGACCAUCUUGACCCAGAGGCAUCUCAACACUCAGGAUGAGGACAGUCCACCAGAUGAGGUGCACUUCAAGGUGACCAAAGCUCCUAGCAACGGUCGACUGGUUGACUCUCUCACAAUGGACCCCAUCGCUGACUUCACACAAGAGAUGGUCAACCGUGGGCAGGUGGGCUUCUUCAGUGACGGCAGCCUUGUAGAUGGCUUUGCGGAAUUCAUCGUGUCAGACGGAGAACACCAAACGGAACCGCACACGCUCCACAUUGGCGUCCUCGCUCGCACUUUGUUCCUCGACAAAGCUCCUGAGAUCAAGGUGAAACAAGGUGAUGAUGAGACCCUGGUGACUGAGGAGAUGUUGAAGGCCACUACCGGGGGCCCUGUUGAGGAGGACAUCCUUUACAAGAUCACAAGUGUUCCCAAGUAUGCAGCUGUCAUGGUUGACCGGCAGCCCACGUCAGCCUUCACCCAGAAACAGAUCAAAGAAGGCAGAGUCAGCGUCCGAUUUGUUAAGUCCACUUCACCUCGAGAUAGCGUCGCAUUUGUGGCUCGGAGUCGGGCGGCUAACGUCUCCUCUGUCCUCAACAUCACAGUCCAGCCUCUGGCCAACAUCGCUCAGGAUCCUCUCUUACCCCAGGGUACUCUUGUCCAACUGGACAGGAAGCUUCUGGACGCAUCUCCGCUCGCAAACAAGACCAGAGCGUCCCCCACGUUCACUGUCAUCCAACAGCCACGGGGGGCUCGUUUCGUGAGGUCUGGAGGCGCCGGUGAAGGUCAACCAGUGGACACAUUUAGCCAGAGGGAUUUGGAUGAAGGCCGUGUAGCCAUGGAAAUCCUAAAUCAUACAUCUGGAGCACAAGGUGGUGUUGCUCAGGAUGAGGCACGCUUCCUGCUCAAAGCCCAUGGGGUGCCUCCUGCUGAAUGUGUGCUUUCCUUUAAGACAGGCCCCUACAAUGCUUCUGGAGUCUACCCUGUCACUCUGUUGAGGACUCCCUCAGAAGCCCCUAUUGCAACUCCAACUAGCCCCCACUGGAGGAGCAGCAUGGACUGGCCAGAAGGAAAUCCCACUACUGCAGCACCUUCCGACUCUAGCCCCAACGGAAGACCACAUGUCUCCCGAAGGAGCAACUUCUGGUCUAUUCUCAUUCCCAUCCUGGUAAUCCUCCUCCUUUUGCUGCUGGCAGCCAUCUUGGCCUACUACUUGAUCCGUAAAAACAAGACAGGCAAGCACAACGUCCAGACGGCAGCUUCCAAGCCCAAAAACGGAGAGGUGGCCGGCACGGAGACCUUUCGCAAAACUGAUCCAGCCAAUAACAUCCCCAUGUCCAACAUAGACGCCAAAGACGCAGACCCGGAGUUGUUGCAGCACUGUCGGACAACAAACCCGACCCUGAAAAAGAACCAGUACUGGGUUUGA